AUGUCCGAGUCGCGGUCCGGACCAGUCUCACUGGCGCGGUACCGGCCGAUUCUAUACCUAUUCACCGGUGUCGCAGCUGCAUAUGCCCUUCUUUACAUUCAUAACAAUGUCGUUUCACCUAAUACCUCUGGCGCUUCCCUCCGCCGCCGCGGCGCCGUGCGCCGUACCAGCAGAAGAACCGAGGCUGAAGAACUGGGGAUCGUCGACACACCCUCCUAUCGAGCAAUAACCCACCUGGAACAACUGGAGCGUCAAAAUGGAGUCUACGGUACAUUCCGCAUCGAGACCGAGGAUGGGCGACGUGUUGAAAGCGGUCUGCUUCCAUCGUUGCUCGCAACUCGCGAUCAACUGAUGGAGGAAGUUGGCGUACCUUCAGCUCAUGCUGAACGCAUGCGCGAGAUGAUGGAGGACACAUUCUUAGAAUCGUUCCUUGCUCUUGAUUUCCCAUCAUCGCAUAUUGUUUCAGAGGGAACAGCUGAACGGACAUACCUGAUGGAGCAGCUGCAGCGACGAGGAAUCUCCCGAGCCGGAAUCGAGCGGGCGCUUGUUCGAUUUAACGCCGACAAUAACUAUGGAGAUGAGUUGCGGAUGCGAAGACAGAAUGGCGAGCGCGUCACUCUGUCAACGUCUACAUUCCCCGAGCUCGCUCCGCCUCAGAACCCAGAUGGUGGAGAGACCGUUGUGGAUGAUCAGAGUGUUUUCUCAUGGCGAGAUGGAAACAACGACUCCUCUCCUACAAGAGAAGGCCAGAACUUGCUCAAUCUACUCUAUCAUAUUGCGGAGGAUCAGGCACGACGAGAUGGAUACAUCCAUCGGGGUGUUACUUGUAACAGCUGUGGGGCCAUGCCUAUUCAAGGGAUCCGUUAUCGCUGUGCGAACUGCAUUGAUUAUGAUCUGUGUGAGACCUGUGAGGCAAUGCAAGUUCAUAUCAAGACGCAUUUGUUCUACAAAGUUCGAAUUCCUGCUCCCUUCUUGGGCAACCCACGCCAGUCGCAGCCGGUAUGGUACCCCGGUAAACCCGCAAUGCUUCCACGAAGUCUGCCUCGGCCUCUAGCAAAACGCCUGGCGCGAGCAACGAACUUUGAAAACACAGAGCUCGAUGCGCUGUGGGAUCAAUUCCGCUGUCUUGCCAAUUAUGAAUGGGCGGAUGACCCGAAUAAGUUGUACAUGGCAAUUGAUCGCAAGACCUUUGAUCGAUGCUUCGUCCCCAACACUUCUAUCCGACCACCUCCGCCGAGUCUGAUCUACGACCGCAUGUUUGCGUUUUACGAUACCGACGAUAACAAUCUGAUUGGAUUUGAGGAGUUCCUCAGAGGCUUGGCCAGCUUAAACAAUAAAAGCAAUGAUGAGCGCAUGCGACGUGUUUUCCGUGGAUACGAUAUUGACGGCGAUGGCUACGUCGAGCGUAAAGAUUUCCUACGCGUUUUCCGGGCAUACUAUGCACUCAGUAGAGAGCUCACCAGAGACAUGGUCGCCGGCAUGGAAGAUGACUUCCUUGAAGGCGGAGCUCGAGAUGUUGUUCUUGGUAGCCAGCCCAUUAGUUCCGCAUUCCCUGGCAGCAUUCCCGCCGGCGAAAGAUCACGAACUGGCGAAGGCAAACGCGUCAACAUCGAUGGUGACAUGGAAAUUAUUGACAAUGAAGGUAUUCUCCGACAAGACGGCCCUGACAUUGGAGAUCGGAACUUGGUAAUAGGAGAUGCUGCCGUCCGGGAGCAAUUCGGUCGGACCAGACCACUGUUCCCAUCCACAUUGCAGCUUCCCAAUACCCGAAUUGUGGCCCGUCCGAUUCAGCCUGAGCCUACCUCCGCUCAGGUUGGAGAGGAUGGAGACGGUGAUAAUGAAGAAGGGGAGGAGGACGACGGUGAAUCAGAUGCGUCGGGAUCGUCAGUUGCUAGUGGAGCUUGGCCACCCCCGGAACACAUCCAUGAAGAGGAUAUCAUUGAAGCCCUCGGAACGUAUGUACCCCCUCAACAAAUCACCGACCCGAUCGAUAGGGCUCGUGUCAUGACAACUGUGCUCGACAGAAUGCGCGACAAUGAUAGCCGGAGAUACGACGACGCUCGCCGAAGUGGAAUCGACGAACGAUGGAGACGCCGUGCAUUUUACACCGAUGAAGAGGAUGGCGCUACAAUCCCCGAAGGCUACCAGAGAGACCCAGCUUUUGACGACCUAAGUGACGAAGAUUCAAUGGACGACUCGCCAACCAUGGACUCACACCCACCAUCCCCUCGCUCACGCUCCUCAUCCAAAGUGCGAUUCGAGGAUGACAUUGCCGAUGAAGAAUAUGAUAUCAGAUCUAACCCUUCGACAUCCUCCCGAAGCAUUCCUGUGGGCGAACGAUGGGGUGGCUUUGAGAUCCCAGAAGUUGAGAGAGACGUUGGCAAGGAGAUAUUGUACCAAGUUACACAACAAGGCUUCAAUGAACUACUCGAUCUCCUAUUUAAGCCAAAGGAAGAUGUGCUAAUGGAAGCUUACCGAACACGGGCGGAUCGCAAGACUUGGGCCCACGAGAUUGAACAAGUGCAGAAGAUUUCGCCGCCCGAGCCAUCCAUCAAGGAACCCAUCCACGCAAGAGAUGAAGAAGAACUAGAGGCUAUCACAAGUGAUAGAUCUCUUGACGAUCUAUUACAGCGCGCUGGCUACGGCAUACAAAGCCCAACUCUAGAGGCUGUUGACUCGGGUCUAGUUUUACCACCUCCGUCUGCCGAAGCCAUAGCAUCAGAUGAUCAUCUCCUAGCUCCAGAUCUAACACUUACUGAAUACGAAGAUCGAGAAUAUCUUUUAAGUGAAGAAUCUGAAGUCUACCACAAUGCCGAAACCGAGUCGCUUGCGAGUUCUGAUUUCCAAGAACAAGCCCAGCUUCCUGAACCCGCUUUGGAGGAAUCUACCCAAGAAGCCGCCGAGUCAAGCAUUGAAGGGAAUCCUGAUUAUGAUCCAACUCUCCCUCAGUUCCGACCUGAUACAUACACAAUCCGGCCUCGUCUCUCAUUCCGCGCCGAGCCAGAGAUAAUGACCGAAGCUCAAGAUACAGACAUCUCACCUCACACCUCUAAUUCCGAUCUUCCUGGUCGUCUUCGCCUUGAGCCUAAUGGUACCACAUCUCUCCCGGCUCCGUCCUCACCCCACUCAGCUUCUCCAGAGGCAGAAGCGACAGCUCCGAAAUUACCCCCCUCUCCCAUGCAGCCACUGCCCCCUCCUAAAAAGUCCGCAACUCCACCCCAAACUACCAGUGUGCCCCGCCGACCUUCUCCUCGAACUCUUGCACGAUGGGCUUAUCUCAACCAAGUUGAGCGUGAAGCUAAAGAACGUGGUGGCAAUGGAGCAAGACUCAAUCUAGAUGAGUUCUCGCGCCGGAUGUCCGCUGACAAGAGUCGCCGACUGGCCUUUGUAGCUAGUUGGAUUGAGAUGGCCAGCUUUUAG